UCAUCUUCGUAUUUAUUUAUUUUUUUAUUUAUUACCUGAUUCGAAUUGGAGGGUCUUAGGUACUCUUGCAUCUAGCUAGGAGAACAAUUUUCUACUUUCUUUAGGUUUAAGCUCUGUUUUUGGUACGGGGCGGAUUGAGGCUAGCUGGCGGGGCAUGGUUUUGUUUCCGUUUAUUUGUUAGAGGAUGCGAUUCAGCUGAACAAGAACGAAGGGGUUUCUGUUGUUACUUUUCUCCUUGUCACUGUCUACUAGAUGUUGCCUUGCUCGGCUCGUUUUGUCAACAAGCGACAUUGUCGGUCCUUUGCCUUGCCCGACGAGGCUACGAGGUCAUCUCUUCCCGUUAGAAAUCUUCUCGUUUCUCCUACGUGGCAAUACAGCUACAGCUAUAUUCUGUUCAUAGGCUGUCACUUUCUACGAGGGAUGUAAAUCCGCAUAGACCAAGGAAGCUCUGAUUUUCAACUAAAAUGUGGGACGAUCUUCUCCCUUCCACUGCCUGGACUAAACUGUUUCAGCUUGAUAUUGAUCCAGUUGCUGUUCAAUUCUGGUGUCUCUAAAUUUUAUUGGACCCCUUUCAUUGGCAAAUUCAGGUCAUGCAAAAGCCUUCUAUAGUGGUAUCUUGCAAUUCUGGAAAUGAGAUACACGAGAUACCAUCAGAGUUCUCAGGAAACAUCAGGGCGCCUACUCAUGCCACUGCUUUGUCAAAUGACCCUUCAUUGAAGCAGCCGGAGAUCAAGAUUUGUUCCCCUAAUGAGCAAGGUCUGUCCAGGACAUCAGAUGUUUCUUUCACCUUGAUGCCACCUAUACAUUUCAACGGGCAUCAAAUGGACCCUCUGGAUUUUCCAAACAUUCAACCUAAUGGUGAAGGUGUGUGCUCAAAACCAUGUUCAGAGCCAGUUGGCUCUGCAGCAACUUAUACAAACAAAGACCUGGUCCAGACUGGGGUUUGUGUGCAGAGAAAUUAUUAUAGUCCUCACUGGUCAAUGGAAACUGUGGUGAAGGCUUUAGAGAAGGGGGAUGUUUUUAAAGCCCUUUUUCGUGUCAAUGCUCACAAUAGACUUGAGGCAUAUUGUAAAAUUGAUGGAGUGCCAACCGAUGUUCUCAUUAGUGGAAUUCCUGCCCAGAAUAGAGCUGUCGAUGGUGAUGUUGUUGCAGUUAAGAUAGAUCCUUUGGCUUUGUGGACUAAAAUGAAAGGAUCAAAUGGUACUGGCAAUGCUACUGCACCUCUUGAAACUUGUAAUCUGGUUAGAGAAGAUAAUGAAGUGGAGGGGAAUAUAUCUAUUGAAAAAGGCAAAGGAGACUCUGAUUCUGAGUUUGCUAAUAACAGCAACUGCCCUGGUCAAGACAAGGAGGAUGUUAAUCGUGAUCCCAGUACUUGUACAAGUAAUCCUUAUCCUGAAAAGAAAUUGCUAAAUAAUAGUUAUGUUUCUCCUGCUUCAACCAGCCCUUUUGAACCAGUUACUCAUGAUGGUCAUGAUGCUGCUUCUGAUAACUUAAAUAUCAGUUCUUAUAGUGCAGAAGGUGAAGUUAUUAAUGCUGUGGAAAACAUGCGUUUGUUGGUUAACUCUUUCCCUUCUAAAAGACCAACUGGCAGGGUGGUUGCAAUUGUUGAGAGGUCUCCACGCCGAGAGUCCAUAAUUGGUCAUCUCAAUGUUAAGCUGGCAUUUUCUUUUAGAGACGUGUGCAGAAAAGAUGCAAAGAAGAACAAAAAAUUGGUUUCUGGCUGUGAGUAUAUCCAGUUGAUGCCAACUGAUCCAAAGUUUCCAAAAAUGAUGCUCCUUGUUAGGGAUUUGCCCAACUCCAUAAGGAAGAGGCUGCAAACUGGGGAUGCUACACUUGAAAUGGAUCUGGUAGCUGCACAAAUGGAUAACUGGUCUCAAGAAAGUCCUUGCCCUCAAGCUCGCAUCUUGCAUAUUUUUGGACGAGGUGGUGAAAUUCAGCCACAAUUAGAUGCAAUUUUGUUUGAUAAUAAAAUCUCUGUGUCUGAAUUUUCACCUGAAGCUUUGUCCUGCCUUCCAUUUGUUUCUUGGGAGGUUCCACAGAAAGAAUUUCAAAGUAGAAUGGAUCUUAGAAAUUUGUGUAUAGUUACCAUUGAUCCUUCAACUGCCUCUGAUCUGGAUGAUGCAUUGUCCAUUGAGAAGUUAUCUAAUGGAAAUUUUAGAGUAGGUAUCCAUAUUGCUGAUGUUUCGUACUUUGUCUUACCAAACACAACCAUAGAUAGUGAGGCUCAGUCUAGGUCAACAAGUAUUUAUAUGGUGCAAAGAAAGUUAUCAAUGUUGCCAGCAUCAUUUUCGGAGAAUAUAGGUUCCCUUAAUCCUGGAGUGGAUCGACUUGCAGUUUCUAUGCUCCUGGACAUAAACCUUGAUGGGGAUGUAUUAGAUCGUUGGAUUGGCCGUACUGUGAUAAAAUCUUGUUGUAAGCUUUCUUAUGACCAUGCACAGGACAUUAUUGAUGGGGUUAUUGAUGUUGAAAGUUCAAACACUAUAGGAGAUCCCUAUCCAAAGGUACAUGGCCGUUUUGAAUGGCCUGAUGUUAUCGCAUCUGUGAAGAAUCUAUACCAAAUUUCAAGAGUUUUGAAAAAUAAAAGGUUUAAUGAUGGGGCUUUACGACUUGAAAGCCCCGAACUUGUUUUCCUGUUUGAUGAGGAUGGAAUUCCUUAUGAUAUUAUGCUCUCAGAUCGGAAAGAAUCUAAUUUUCUUGUCGAAGAAUUUAUGCUCUUGGCUAAUAGGACAGCUGCUGAAGUCAUUUGCAGAGCAUAUCCUGGUGGUGCAUUACUGCGGAGGCAUCCUGAACCUAAUUUACGGAAGCUAAGAGAGUUUGAGGCAUUUUGUAGCAAACAUGGUUUAGAGCUGGACACAUCUUCAUCUGGUCGGUUCCAUUGGUCGUUAGAGAAGAUCAGGGAAAAUCUCAAGGAUGAUCCUACACUUUGUGAUAUUCUUAUUUCAUAUGCUACAAGGCCAAUGCAGUUGGCACAAUACUUCUGUAGUGGGGAUUUAAAAGACAAACAAAAUGAUUGGGGCCAUUAUGCUUUGGCCAUCUCUGCUUACACUCAUGUUACUUCACCUCUGCGUCGGUAUCCUGAUAUUGUUGUUCAUCGUAUGCUACUUGCUGUUAUAGAGGCUGAGGAAAUAUAUCUGGAGCAUGAAAAGAUGUUGCAGGUUACCAAGGGAGAGGAAGUGCGAGAAAGAUAUUUCACUGGUAUGAACUUUGGUGAGGAAGUUGCUGAAUCUGUGGAAGGGAGAAAAGCACUAUUAGCUGCUGCUUUGAAGCAUGGAGUUCCUUGUGCUGAAUUACUUGCGGAUGUUGCUGCUUAUUGCAAUGAGAGAAAGCUAGCUAGUAGAAAUGUCAAGGAUGCUUGUGAUAAGCUUUACAUGUGGGUUCUCCUCAAGAAGAAGGAGGUGUUAUUGUCAGAAGCAAGAAUAUUGGGAUUAGGCCCAAGGUUCAUGUCAAUUUAUGUUCAAAAACUAGCUAUCGAGCGGCGCGUAUAUUAUGAUGAAGUUCCAGGCUUGACUGUCGAAUGGUUGGAUGCGACCUCUACUUUGGUACUUAGCAUGUGUACUGAUAAACGUGCAUUUCGGAGAGGCAGCCCUGGUAAAUGGAGGGCAUUUGAAGAAGUUGUCUUACUUGCUUGUCCAUGUAACCUGAAAGACUCCAACGAUGGUAUUAAUGAGAGUGACGCAGUGAAAAUGGGAGAUAUGGAUCUUAGUUCUAGAUCGGACAGUUCAGGUACUGAAAUUGAUCCUGCAGUUUUCCCCCUCACUCUGCGUGUUCUUGCGACAGUUCCAGUAGCACUGCAUGCCGUCGGUGGGGAUGAUGGACCCCUUGACAUUGGGGUGAGGCUGUACAUGAGUUCCUACUUAAGGUAAGUUGGAAGUCUUGAGGAGGACCCUGAAAGAAUGCAGAGACGAGGAGGCAGGGAUCUUAAACAUGGAUGGUUGGGAUCGGGCGGACUAGUUGCAGAACAGUGUAGAUAAGUAGUAUAUGGUUUGGCACUAGAAGGGGGAAAUAUGUGGUGGAGUCAAUGAACAUGCUUAAUGGAUGAUUUGGGAGGCGUAAAUAUAGAUGGGGAUUUUGUUGGUAGCUUCUCUGUUGUUAACAGAAGCUGCUUGUUGGAAUAGGCCCUUGUUUUUGUUGGCCUUUUCCAUCUACUACUGCUGCCGCUACUAGUAUUAGGCUAAUUCACGUUUGCUCAUUUUCGGUUCUCCGAUGCAGAGGCUGAGAGCCGAAAUUCUUCUUUCGUUUGACUGCGGCCCAAUGCUUUUUUUGAUUUUGGGUGGCUACCUCUUGUAUCUGUAAUUUCAUCUUUCGGACAUCUUUGUAUUUUUUGUUCAUAUUUUUUACUCCUCCCUA